AUGCUCGCCUUCAUCCCCGCCCUUGCCUUCCUCCUCCCCGUCCUCGCUCAGGGCACCAGCAACGGCACCGCCUCCGACGUCGACAUCGAGGGUCUUGAGGCCAACUUUCAGCAGGCUCAAAUCGUCCCCGGACUCCUCGAGACCUUCACGCCUGAGGGCAUUCUGAGCGUCGAGUUUGCCGGCCAGGCCAUCACUACCGGCCAGAACUUGACCGCCGAUGACGUUUCUUCUUCCCCCACCCUCGCCGUGUCCCCUGCGUCCAACGCCACUCUCGACUCGUCCGCCCUCUACACCGUCGUCAUGGUCGACGCGGACAUUGUCGGCACCGACGAGUCCUCCACUCAACAGACCCGACACUGGCUCGUCAACUCUGCCGGUAUCGAGAGCGGAAGCUCUGGAUCUCAGGCGGUGAACUGGACUGGAUCCACUUCUAUCACCGACUACGCUGGUCCUGGCCCCGACGCUGGAUCCGGUGCCCACCGAUACGUUAUCAUCAUCUACGAGCAGCCCUCCGACUUUACCGCCCCCGACGACCUCUCCACCCCUGGCACCGCCCUCGGCCAGUUCUCCCUCUCCGACUAUGUUUCUUCCUCCAAUCUCGGAAGCAUCGUGACCGCCAACUACUUCCAGGUCGAGAACGGUGUUGCUACUGUCUCUCCCUCUUCCACCACCGCCGUCGAGUCCUCUACCCUUGCCGGCUACGGCUCCACCACCGUCUCUUCUUCCGCUUCCGGUACCGUCGCCAACUCUGGCGCGGCUUCCGACGCUUCCGCUACCGGCUCCUCCACCGACUCUUCAUCUUCCUCUUCCUCCUCUGCCGCCUCUUCCGCCGCUGGCGUGAACACUCAGGUCGGAUGGGGUAUGGUUGUUGGUGCCGUUGGUGUCGUUGGCGCUGUUGUUGGAGCCGGUAUGGUCUAG